AUGGCGGACGCGGCGCCGCCGGGGCUGCCGGUGGCGGCGGACAGGGACAGGGACAAGGACGACCGCCGCCGCUGGGCGGCCCGCUGCAGCUUCGCCGUCCUCGGCAUCAUGAGCACCCUCCUCGUCUACGGCGUCCUCCAGGAGAAGAUCAUGAGGGUUCCGUAUGGAGUGGAGAAGGAGUUCUUCAGAUACUCGCUUUUCCUUGUUUUCUGUAACCGCAUCGCCACAUCCAUGGUGUCUGCGAUGGUGUUACUGGCAAGUAAGAAAUCCUUGGACCCUGUGGCUCCGCUACACAAAUAUGGUGUGGUCUCCAUAUCAAAUAUACUGACCACUACCUGCCAGUAUGAGGCCCUCAAGUAUGUCAGCUUCCCUGUCCAAACACUUGCCAAAUGUGCCAAGAUGAUACCUGUCAUGAUCUGGGGCACAAUAAUAAUGAGAAAGAAGUAUGGCGGAAAAGAUUACUUCUUUGCUGUCAUCGUGACUCUGGGUUGCGCAUUGUUCAUUCUAUAUCCGGCGUCGAUGGAUGUGAGUCCAUUUAAUAAAGGCAGAGAAAGCACUAUUUGGGGUGUUUCACUCAUGCUCGGUUAUCUUGGUUUUGAUGGGUUCACAAGCACGUUCCAAGAUAAACUCUUCAAAGGGUAUGACAUGGAAAUACACAACCAAAUAUUCUACACAACGGUGUGCUCUUGUCUUCUUAGUUUAAGUGGGCUGAUUCUCCAGAAUCAUCUGAUUCCAGCUGUGGAUUUUAUGUUUCGUCACCCAGAUUGCUUCUCUGAUGUUCUAAUCCUGUCCAGUGUUGCAACAGUUAGUCAGUUCUUCAUAUCCUACACCAUUCGAACAUUUGGGGCUCUCACAUUUGCUACCAUCAUGACAACUAGACAGCUGGUGAGCAUAUUGCUGUCCUGCAUCUGGUUUGUACAUCCUCUCAGCUGGAUGCAGUGGGUUGGCGCAGCCAUUGUAUUCGGAGCCCUAUACACAAAGAGCUUCUUGAGGAGUAAACCGCAGAAGCCAGCGGUGGCAAGCCCGCCACGUGGUUCUAGCCCGAAUCCUGCUAACAAUAGUUGA